GCAGUGCAAAACAAACAAAUAAUAUUUAGCCCCUUUUUAAGUUCGCUAAUACUUUCCAAUGACGACAUAAACUUAAUAAUGGCAAUAAUAACUCUCUCCUCGGAGUCACGGAGAUAUUGAUCUUUGAUCAAAGAAUAGGUUGAAUCAUGCGAAGCAGUAAAUUAGGGAGUGCCAGUUGGAAAUAUUCAUUAGUAGCCAUGCCACACCCUCCAUGCCACUCAACUUGAUCACAAACCCAUUCUACAUUUUCAGUGAGAUAGGAUUUUUCGUCUGGAAUACACUGAACUAAAUACCCCCGUGCAACAACUGUGCCAACUAAUAGAACACUUUUCAACGAAUUUUAUUUUUGUAAAAGAAAAUAAAGUCCUCUGCCAGGGGUUUUUCCGUGCAGAUAGUUAUUCACUUACCAAUUUAAGCAGCCAAGAUUUUGUUAAGAUAUAUCGACACAAUGUAACGAAGACCCAGUGUAUUAUGUGAACAGAUAGAAAAUUGACCCGAAUUUUCAAUGGACAAAGAAACAAAUUUGACAAUGCCAAGCUCCGCUUCCUCGACGUUGACCGUGCCACCCUGUUCUCCGAACGAAGUGCCGAUAAAGCAUGGAGACUGUGGCGACGGUGGCGUGAACGAAUGGCUCGAAGACGAAACCGUGGCUGGUUUUCGGGUAUGGCAAUUAGCUGGAAUGGUUCUCUCCGUUUUGUUAACUAUCAUAAUAGCAUUGUGCUGCUGCAUAAGAUUCAGAGUUCCUCGGACGAAGCAGGAGAUCGAGGCUGACUAUAUUAGGAACAAAAUAACAAGGCGGUUCAGGAAAGAAUUAACAAAUAUAAAUAACGAAGAGAUGGACGAAAUGGACUUGAAACGAGCUCUGGACAGAGUACGAGCGAGAUUUGAUGCCGAGACUGAGUUGCAGAGACAACAGAAAGAAGUGACGUACGAUGAGCCGACGCGUGGAUUCAGAGCAAGAGUAAAUGCUAUUUUGCACGGAGUGCAUUUGCGACUUGCCCGAAACGAGCCAAGGGAAUUGAGCAAUGUGAUUUAAAAAAUUUGCUCCCAAGAAGAUUCUACGUCGACGAAAAAUUGCUGUACAGAUUAUUGCAAAACAGUAUAAAUAAUAAGAGUAGUGUAAAUUUUCUACAAUUACAACUUUUGAUCUUGGAAGAAAUGGGUACAAAUUUAAAAGCCAGAACGGAUUGUCAGAGUAAAUAUAAUCUUUAUUUUAAAGAUAGAAUACACAAAUUAUUUUCUGUUAAUUUAAUUCACAUGCAAUAAUAAUAAUAAUAAUAAUUAACCGCUAAUAAUAAUGAUAGCAUUCCUCUAAUUAUUAAUUCUCACUGUUUUUUUUUUUAUUCUUAUUUUAAAAUUCAGAGCUGUCGAUUUUUCGAAUCGAAAACCUAGUUGGUUGAUAGCUUGUUUUGAGAUUACGAUUAAGAAUAUAAUGGCUAGUCGCCGACCGUUGCGUUACCAGUAUUUUAAGUUUCAACAUAGAGUUUUCAUCGGUCGCUACUACUAUGACAUAUUGACUAUUUUUUACUGGAAGUAGCAUCAGUGUUAUUAGUUAUUUUGUGUUUUCAGUGAUUUCAGAGACAAAGAGAGCAGAAUAUAACGCCAAUGUAGGCAUUUCGUUUGACGAAUCUCUCCUGCUGUCAAAUGCGAAUAGGUGUCGUUAAAAGGUGAUAAAAAAAAUAUUAUCAUAAUAAUUGAGAGAAAUGUAAGGUAAUAAUUAUUGUAGUUAAAUGAAAAAAUAGAAUAAACGUAGAAAACAAAAAAAAAUACAUGUCAAACCGCCAGUCUAAGUCUAUUGUCGGGUAGAAUAUGUUUUGUAUGGAUUACCGUCUGCUUUGGUACGCUAACAGAAGACAAGCUUAAAUUUAUCCUAACGACCACACAAUACGGUACAAUACAAUCAUCGUUUUACUUCCAAUUCACGAAUGACAUACUCAUAUGAUUAAUGCUCAGACAUCGCAUGCUCUCUUACAUCCACUGGAAUGACUAA